UCCGGCUUCCGGCCGAGAGGGUGGGCGUCCGCAGCCGUCAUGGCAGCUGAGGAGAAGGACCCGCUGAGCUAUUUCGCGGCUUACGGGAGCAGCAGCUCCGACUCGUCGGGCGAGGAGAACAGCGAGCCGGAAGACGGGGGUCGCAAGGAGGCGGCCCCGGCCCCGACGACGGGCGGCCGCGGGAAGCAGGCGGAGAAGCGGCUGCCGGGCCCCGACGAGCUGUUCCGCAGCGUGACCCGCCCGGCCUUCCUCUACAACCCGCUCAACAAGCAGAUCGACUGGGAGCGACACGUGGUGAAGGCGCCCGAGGAGCCUCCAAAGGAAUUCAAAGUCUGGAAGUCCACCUAUGUGCCGCCCCCGGAGACCUACAGUACUGAGAAGAAGCCACCGCCGCCGGAGUUGGACAUGGCGAUAAAGUGGUCGAACAUCUAUGAGGACAAUGGUGAUGAUGCCCCUCAGAAUGCUAAGAAAGCCCGGCUUCUGCCCGAAGGGGAGGAGACGGUGGAAUCAGAUGAUGACAGAGAUGAGCGUGCAUCUAAGACGCGAAGAGUAGAACCAGGAGAAGCAGCCAAGAAGAAGAAGUAGAGGAGUGGGGCCAGAUCCGCCGGGCUGACGUGUCCUCGGGUGGAGUGUUGGCUGUUGUGCAUUCUUACGAGAAAGUAUUUAUGUUAAUGAACUAACAGUAUCGCCUCAAGACUUUCCACUGUAGAAUUCAUUUUCUUAUUUAAAACCUGUAUGUAUUUACAACUCUAAUGGUGACCUGUGAUUGUGAACUGACAGUACUCGGAAGCAUUCUGGCUAUCACAGAAUUGGUGGCAGGCCUUGAGAGUUUUGUCACAUGGACAUGCCAGUGCUCUUUGAACCUUUUAUAAAGGAAUAUAUUUUUAAAGUAAAUAUAUUGUAAUGUACUGUGAACUUGUGGGUGCUUUUCAUUAGUGUCUGUACAGUGUAAAUAGCUGAUCAUGGAAAUAAAAUAACUUACGUCAACAUUGCUAUUAUUGGAUGCCACUAACGAUUAUUUGUGACAGGCAACCCAUUGGCCUGUGACCUUUUCAUUUCAAUAGGGAUUAGCAUGUAGGGAGAGCAUCCCGUGUUUAGGUGCCUUGUACAUACUUCUCUCCAGUGGGCCUGUGAAGUAGACGUUAUACCCUCCAGUUUUAAUGAAGAGAGCUUGAGGACGCUGUCAGGGCUGCACAGCCGUGAGUGAAGACUAGCGGAUUCACUCGGGACCCUGACUCCAGAAUCAGAUUAAACUACCUGACUUUUCAUCAGACUUUAUCAAUUCCAAGAAAAUGACCAUCUCCUCCAUGUCCACUUGUGUUGUGUGUUUUCCUGUCCUGAUUAUUCAGCUGCACUUACCAUAUAUGCCUUAGAGUGUGAUGAUUUGUUCAUUUCCUCAUUAAAUAUACUGAAGAUAAGGCUCUUGACAGCAAAGAAGAGCAUAAGCUAUCCACUUAAAGUUGAGUCUGUUGAGUAUAUGUGAUAUAAGAGACACAUUAAAAUCCAUCUGAAUUUUUAAUUUAA